AUCAAAAACCCUAUCAGUCUCAGAACCUCAAAUAAUAAAACCCUUGUGGAGUUUCGCCUGAAUUUUUUUUAGGAAGCCACCGAGUUCACUCAAAACUCGGAAAUACGCCAUGGACGAGUCACCAGCCGACGUUCAACUCGUUCACGAACCUAAGGACUCUGCUACUCCAGUAGUGGAGGCCUCGAACGGGCAGCCAGAGUAUAGAACACCGGAAGAGCUCGUUGCCAAGGCUAUCGCUCCGGUUAAGCGAGAGUUUCUUCGUCCUCCUCCGGUUCGACCUGUUUCGAACAGUAACGAAGACGGUGCCGCUUCGGAGUCGAAGGAGAAGCCUGCUCAGCCUAGUGUUGGUAAGGAGAAAAAGUCUAAGCGCCAAGCCAAACGUGACCGCCUCCAGCAACAAAAGUCUACUUCAAAUAUCUGCCCUGAGGUUGCAAAGACAGGAGAUCCUAGUUCUUGUCCAUAUAGUGAUAAAUGCCGUUUCAGCCAUGAUGUGGAGGCUUUCAAGGAUCAGAAACUUGAGGACUUGGAGGGGGAAUGUCCUUUUGUUACUGCUGAAGAACCAUGCCCUUAUGGUUUGGCAUGUAGAUUUUUGAGUACACAUCCGGAAGGUGUUUCUGGAAUGAAAAGCACUCGAAGGAAUAGCUCGGAGGUGAAUGGAUUGAGAAAAGAUGUUCAAAGGUUGUUGUGGAAAAAUAAAAUGAAGUUCCCAAAAGCAGAUGCCAAAGUUAAAGCUCUUGGACUCAUGGGACCGGCCAAUUCUAAAGCCAAGAUUUCAGAAAAUAAGGAUGGUGAUGAUGUCAUUACUGCAAAUAAUUGUGAUGCUGCCAAUGGAAAUGGCUCCAAUGCAUUGGUUGAUGCUACAGAAAUUGAAAAGUCUGCUGUAUUAGAAGAAAACAAAGAUGUUGAAGAUCCAUCUGAAUCCAAUGAAUCACGGCCAUUAAAGAAACCAAAAUGUGUAGAUGCGGAAGAUUGUUGUGACAAAGUAGAAGGUGGAGGUGUAAGUGGCACUGAGAAUGUUGUAUGUGAAAGCUCCAAACAACCAGAAGCAGAUUCUACUGCUGAAAUUUUAACCCCAGAAACUGAUGGAAGCCUGAAAGUACACCCUCGCGAAAAGAAGAUUAUUGACUUUAGAGAUAAGUUGUAUCUUGCUCCUCUAACUACAGUUGGGAAUCUUCCUUUUAGAAGGGUUUGCAAAGUCUUAGGGGCCGAUGUGACUUGUGGUGAAAUGGCCAUGUGUACCAAUCUUUUGCAGGGUCAAGCAUCAGAGUGGGCAUUGUUACGGCGACAUGUGUCUGAGGAUCUGUUUGGUGUACAAAUAUGUGGAGCAUUCGCAGACACGGUCUCACGUGCUGUUGAACUUAUAGAACAGGAAUGCUCACUAGACUUUAUUGAUAUAAAUAUGGGGUGCCCCAUUGAUCUUGUUUGUAACAAGGGUGCUGGAUCUGCUCUUCUCAUGAAGCCAAUGCGAAUGAAAGGAAUUAUAGAAGCAGCUUCUGGCACAAUGGAAAAACCUUUAACUGUUAAGGUGCGGACAGCCUACUUUGAAGGGAAAAAUCGUAUUGAUUCACUUAUUGCAGACAUGGGAAACUGGGGUGCCAGUGCAGUAACAAUUCAUGGUCGAUCAAGACAGCAACGCUAUAGCAAGCUUGCAGAUUGGGAAUAUGUAUACCAGUGUGCCAAUAAAGCCCCUGAUACAUUGCACGUAUUGGGAAAUGGAGAUAUUUUCUCGUAUCUGGACUGGAACAAACGCAAGGUUGAUUGCCCCAAGCUGUCUACCUGCAUGAUUGCUCGAGGAGCGCUAGUUAAGCCUUGGUUAUUUACUGAAAUCAAAGAGCAAAGGCACUGGGACAUUAGCUCUGGAGAACGACUUGAUAUUCUAAAGAAGUUUGUUCGGUUUGGCCUUGAGCAUUGGGGUUCAGACACAAAAGGUGUGGAGACAACUAGGCGUUUCCUUCUAGAAUGGCUUAGCUACACAUGUAGAUACGUACCCGUUGGUCUUCUUGAGGUCAUCCCGCAACGACUGAACUGGAGACAGCCAUCCUACUUCGGCCGUAAUGACCUUGAGACACUGAUGGCUUCUGAUUCUGCAGUGGAUUGGAUUAGGAUUUCAGAAAUGUUACUUGGCAAAGUUCCGGAAGAUUUCACAUUUGCACCUAAGCACAAGUCUAAUGCAUAUGAUAGAGCAGAAAAUGGCUAAUGCUGUUGCAGAGAAGAGAUCACAGUCACUAUUGUCUUAGGUAUUUAGAGUUAUAUUUAUCAUCAUAUCAUUCAUAAAUUAUGCCCUGUUGCAACGAAGCAAAACAAUAGUUUGCUUUGUUAGAUUUUGUAUUUGAAUGAGAGUUCAUUUCUAAAAAAUAAUUGGAAAAAAAAAAAACAUUUUAUUAUUA